UAAUUUAACUUUAACCCUUUCAGCACCACUACGCUAUUGUUAAGUACCUAGCGUACAUUAAAAUUCUUUAAUCUUAACGUUUUUUCCCUAAACUUAAGGGUGAAAGAAAGCAACGCAGUAAGAAAUGGCGGUGAUUAAACGGAACGCUUCAUAACUUCCCCGGGCGCGUGCACACACACAAACACUGAUGCAUUGAAAACACAGAUGACAUCUACGAGCACGUGAGUGAUGCCGCGCUCACGUGACGAAGAGUUUUAGUCAUGGCCGACGACUACAGGCGACAAGGUUUCGAGUGGGAGAGAAGGAUAUUUGAGUUAGACAGCAAGUGUUCUAGCCUCAGAGCUGAAAAGCAAGAUGAUGACUAUUUACAGAAUGCGUCUGCCAUACUAGACAAGUUGAAAAGCUAUUACAGACAAGGAGGGGAGAGUAGCAACCUUUCCAAGCUGCUUCAGGAUUACACACAGGUGAUCCUAGACAUCACAUUUUAUGAAGAGAAUAAACUGGUGGAUCAGGAGUUCCCUGAGGACUGUUCACCAUUUAAAAUCCAGCAGCUGCUCCAAGACCUGACCGAGCCAGAAGUUUUGGCGGGGAGGCUAGCACCAGCACAAGAGGUACAGUCUGUGUUGGGCCUAGAACUUUUAGAAUGCCUCUAUUGGAGACGUGGAGCUUUGCUGUACAUGUACUGCCACACCCUUCAUCAGCGAAAACAGUGGAUCAAGAAGAACAAGGAUACAUUUCUUAAGUGUAUUCAGGAAGGUGUGCGCUACCUGAUGCGGAUGCUGCAGGUGAGAAACUCUGUGAAGCUCAAUGAUGGAGUGGUGCUCCAUGACACUGCUACAGCAGGCUUCCUAUCUGAAGGCAUCUUCUCAGACACACACCUGUUGACAAUGAUGUACAUUGGGGAAAUGUGUUUCUGGGCAGUCAAGUAUGAGGACUGCAGCGCUGACACUAUGGAUCGGAAAGAAGAUCGCCUCCAGUUUCGGGACAUUGGCACUCAGAUCCUCAACAAAUAUGUGCUUGCCUGUGAGGGCCCUCUGCAGGGCCAAGGCUGGAACACAGAGAAUGCCAAGGAAAUCCUUAGUAUUUUACAGUGAACCAAGCUGCUCCUAUGUUGAAGUUGCCCGCAGGCACAGAUCUAAGUUCAGUAUUCAUAUGUGUGUCAACCCCAAAUAAAAAUUGAACCCAUCAGGUGGGGUGUAGUGUUGUGGAAGGUUAAGGGGAGGCACUAGGAGUAUGUGAAGAAAGGAGUCUUUGGAUCGGUGUCUAGAGGCAAACUUACCCAAUUCCAAACAGCCUCUGGCCAAAGCAGGUGAAUGAGAGGUUAGAAAGUAUAAGAUUGGUGGUAUAAAACUGGCACGGGCUGCAGAGGAGGCUGUUGAAUCAUUUUUUGCCCUGUCCUGCUGAAAAAGCAGUUAUCAUCCUGAUCACAGACUGUUGACUGGGGCAGUUGUUUCGCUCUAAGAAUGUGUUAUAAUAACAUUAAUAUUAAUAUAAAAAGGUUAUUAAUAAAAUUGACCUUUUUUUUUUCAUUUUUUAAGAUUGUUACAAGUUUAAAGAUAAUCCAGCUGGAAAUGAGACAUUGCACAGUAACAUUUUAUUUAUUGUUUUUUUUUUUUGCCAUUUUGUUAUGCUUUUAAUAUAUUAUGAUUGCAUAUACAUUAAAUAUGUAUGUGUGUAUAAAAAUAUACACACAAGAGGCAAAGAAAGGUGUUCAAAAACUGUUUUGACAAUGAUGUAUUCAUAACCAUUUGAAGUAUGUUCAGAUUUGUUCAUACCAGCUUUGUAAUGCACCACUUGUAUUCCCAUCUAUUGAAAGUUCCAUUUUUCUGCCAAUUGAGUAACUUUGAUAGUAUAACUAUUAGUAGAGAAUCUGUGUUGUUUGGACGAAAAUCAUUUUUUCUGUUUUUUAUGUCCUCGUUGACAAUAAACACGCGCGUU